AAAGGAAAAAUAUAUUGAGUGAACUUAAGAAGAAAUUAAAAGAAAAAGAAGAAAAAGAAAAAGAAGAAGAAGACAAUAACGUUCAACAUGACGAUUGUCUAUUAAGGAAAGGAAUUACUAUUGAAAUUAAUUAAUCGGUUAAUUAAUCGAUGCAGAAGAGAUUAAUGGAUUAAAUGCUCAAGGUGGAAAAUUGUAUCGCGUAGUGAAGAAAGGAGAAAACCGGGUGGACGAGAGGAAGAGGGUGGUUGGACGCGCGAGGGCAGCCCAGGAGGGUGAAAAAGGAAUAGAGAAAGAGAAAGAGAGAGAAAAAGAGAGAGAGAGAAAGAGAAAGAACACAGGAUGCGGGGGCACAGGAAGAGGGCGCCAAGCCCCGUAGAUUUUUCUUCUUCUUCUUCUUCAUAGGGGAUCUUCUGCUUCGCCUCUUCGACGUCUUGUGUUACGGCGGAGCUUAAUAAUAAAAGGACACGAAGAAAAGUGAAAGAAUUAAAAGGAAUAUUAUAAUAAUAAUAAUAAUAAUAAUAAUUAAUCGUCGUCGUUAUCGUCGUCGUCGUCGUCAUCGUAUCCGUAAAAAAACGAGCACUGCCGUUUGUUAUCCGACAUGGCGGACGAAAAGGAGAAGCAGACGUUCCUGCAGAAGUUACUGUUCUACACAACCGCGUUCUUCAUCCUCCUCAGCACCUUCAGCCUCUUCGCCUUCCUCUUCUUGGUCCCCUUCGUCAUCGACCCCGCCUUCACAACCAUCUUCAUGCAGUUUGACACUCGGCCUGCCGAGUGUGUCACCAUCGACGUUGAAUCCAGGAGAGGUACGAGCAACUGCUCAUGGACAUCCUGUAGAGAGGGUUGCACCAAGGAGUUGUAUGAUUGCACGCAAAUACGUGUUAACUACAAACUACCGAUUAAUACAUCAUCCGCCGAGGAUGAGGCUGGACCAAUUGAGGGAGGCAGGGCGGUAGGAGGUGUCGAGGAUGACGAAGACAACAGGAGGUUAAAGAAACCCCGUUAUGAGCGGGCCUUAAGGGAUUAUGAUUAUAUCGAAGAUUUCGACGAUGAUGAAUUCACCGAGGAAGAUGAUACAGGACUGCCGAAACCCUUUCCUACAGGUCUCAUGGGCAACGACUCCGAGUGGUACUUCACUGGAGCCAAGCUGUUCCCGAACGUAAAAGGCUGUGGAUACCCUCCAGUGCUGAAUUGCAGUAUUUUCUACCAGCAGUAUGCCAUCAUAGGGCAUAACUUUAGCUGUUACUACUCCAAAGUGGAUCCCGGAAUAGUCAUCAGCGAACUCGACAUGUGGCAGGUGUAUAUGAACCUGGUGUACGCGAUGGCAAUUCCGAUACCAUCUUUCAUAAUCUCGGUGAUAUACCUCACCAUCGCCUACUUCAAGAUCUACAACGAAGACGAGGUUAACCUCGUUGACGGGGAGGAAGGGGAGGAGGGUGUCGAAGGGACCGAGGGAGGCAAUGGUACGCCCCUGCCACUCACGAGCGGUGCCCUUACACCUGGAAGCGAAGCUUUUAGGGAGGAUCUGGCAAGCUUUGGUCAUCAGCUCAAGGUUGCUAUGGCUGAUGACAUCAGUAGGGAAAGCCUUGAUGGCAUACCUAACUCAUUUUCGGUUCAGGGCAACUUGAGCAAAACGAUGACGACGAGUAUCUCAACUCCCCCUGGGCCGACGGCAGCAGUCUGAAGCGUCAUUUCCAUGGUAUGAGUAACAUCUCAUGGAGACCGCAUUAAAAAAAAAGAAGAAAUGAAAGAAAAAAACACCAUCAACCAUACACAUCUCCUUCUUCUCCGUAUUCGCCGAAAAAUAAAAAAGAAAAACGAACGUACGUCCAUAGAAAUGGAAAAUAAUAACACGAGAGAGAGAAAGAGAGAGAGAGAGAGAGAGAUAUAUAUAUAUGAGACACGUUUAGAGAUGGUGUUACAGUGUUAUAUAUAUAUAUAUAUAAAUAUUUGAAAAAUUUGCUAACCGUGAAGAGCCAAAAAUCCUUUUACCGUUUCGAAUAAAGCUUAUAAGCGCCGCGUCCUUUUUAAUUAAAGAGUGAACCAGAGAUAAUAAAAAAAAAAAAAAGGAAAAAUUAAAUGGAUAAUUAAUAAAAUAAUUAUGAGAGGGAAUGUGAAAUACAUGGCCGUCCCUCAAACACCUCAAAACAUAAUAUAAUAGUAUAUAUUAUAAUAUAUACAUACACACACACAUACACGCAUACAUAUACAUAUAUAUAUAUGUAUAUAUUUGUAUGUAUAAAUAUAUAAAAUAUUUAAUUGAUGAUUAUUUCGCUUCGUCGUCCACAUAUGCCGAUUGGUCGAUGAUAAAAAUGAAGAAAAUGAAUGGAGAAAAACUGAAAAAUGAAAUCAUAAAAAUCGACCAUCGGUGUGUUUUCGUGCAAAUGCCGAUCAUCAAUUCGAUGAAUUAUAAAUCUGCCGUAUAUGUAUAUAUAUAUGCAAUAUAUAAUUGAUCUUUGUUUUAAAGAAAAAAAAAAAAAAA